GGGUACCACCCCAGGACAAAGUAUCUACGUCACAGAAAUUCAUGAAGUCACACAGAGUGGUACACAACACAUCAGUUGUGUGCCUGGGGUGCAGAGAGAACGUUUCUCCCUCUGAUGCCUAACGAUAAGUAAUAAACUUUUCCCAGCCAUUAUUUUAAACCAGCGGUGAGGUUUCUUUCUUUAUAAGAAAAUUGUUCAAUUUUGCUAAAUUAAAAAGAUACAAAAAUGUCUUUAACUACUGUAUUCAAAACUGUACAGGACAUUAUAAGAAUGGCUGGUGUUUUUAGCUAUCCUAGAAAUGCACCCCUUGAAAUAGAAUGGUUAGCUGCCAUGCAUCAUGAAAGAUAUAAUCUGACGAAGAAUAGUAAGAUUCCGCAUUUACGGAAUGAACUUCACGGCAAGAUGAUGUCCUGCUGUUGUCCAGCCACUUUGAAUAGUAUGGAUAGCGGUGCUUCUUAGGAUUUUAGUGGUUUCCAGUGAUAUUUUGUUUUCACCCAAAUGGGCAAAUAUGUGGAUGCUUUUUUGGUGCUGCGUCUAUGUGUCUUCCUUGUCUACAACUUAAUAUUGAUUUCCUGCGUGGAAGUUGAUCUUCCACUUCCUCCAGAAGUAGCAGUGUCUAAAGAUGGGGAGCUGCGUCUGGAUUAUCAUCCCCCCGUUGGUGUCCCACCGCCCAAUAUUACAUUCCAUCCAUUGGACGUAAAGGAUGGCAUUCUUGUGGAUGACGUUAUACCAGGGACGGAAUAUGCAUUCCAGUUAUAUUACUCCAAUCGAUCCAUGACAGAAGUUUUGACCUGGACUACUGUUAUUGCAACAGAACCAGAUCCACCUAGCAACUUGUCAGUAGAUGUCCAGACUGGCAAAAUUGUCGAUCUUGUAUGGGAACCUCCAAUUACUGGUGGAUAUUCUGGAUACAAGUUGGCAAUAUUAUCUUCUGAAGAUGACCUCAGUCCUAGAUCAUUUGAUUUGCCUGAAGAUUCUUUGUCUUUCACUCUUCAUGACUUAACACCAGGAGCAUCCUAUGAAGUACAACUAUCCACUUUGUAUCAGGAAAAAGAAUCUUCAGUCUUCAUAUCAUCGAAUUUUACUACAAAGCCGAACACUCCGGGACGCUUCAUUGUGUGGUUUAGAAACGAAACAACUCUUCUUGUUUUAUGGCAGCCUCCAUACCCAUCAGGUAUUUUCGACCAGUAUCGUGUUAGCAUAUCACCUGAAGACGCAGUACAAUCGGUGCUAUUUGUAGAAAAAGAAGGAGAACCUCCUGGCCCCGCUCAAGCAGCUUUCUAUGGUCUUAUACCUGGAAGAGCUUAUAAUAUAUCUGUUCAAACCGUUAGCCAUAGUCAAAUUAGUGAACCCACCGAAGCUCAAUAUCGAACAGUUCCUCUACCUCCAACUAAUGUUACAUACAGCAAGAAUCAUUUGACACCAUAUUCUUUUGAUGCAAUAUGGUCUCCACCCAAGACUUUGUCAGAAUUCGACCGUUAUCAAGUGGCUCUUGGAAUUCGCAAUAGUAUACGACAAACGGUAGGAAAGUCUGAAAAACGAAUUGCUCGUUUUGAUGAAGGUUUGGAACCAGGAAGAACUUAUGAAGUUAUUGUAAAAACUGUCAGUGGAAAUGUUGCUAGUUGGCCAGCUGCUGUCAAUAUUACUACCAGACCUCUUCCUGUAAUAAAUUUAAAUUCUACUGCUAUUGAUGCUGGAGAAAUUUUGAUUCAAUGGCAGCCUCAUAAUAGCAGUCUUCAAGAUUCUUAUCUGGUGAGUAGUCAUGAGCUAGAAAUAUACAAUGGUGAUGGAAUUCCACAAGUUGUUCAUGAUACUCAGUAUAGACUUAGUGAUUUAUUACCUGGAAGAAACUAUUCCAUAAGUGUGGUGUCCCUUAGUCAAGAAGUGCCAAGUGAACCAGCUCUUGUUUAUCAAGCUACCAGGCCUUCUUCCCCCGUGAUUGAAAUGUUAGAGCCUGUAGACCUUGGAUGGAAUAUAUCCUGGAAAUCGGAUGUGACUAGUAGACAAGAUUCAUAUACAGUUGUGUGGCUACGAAACGACACUGGAGAAAUUCUCACUAAUACUACUAAGGAUAAUUGGCUUUUAAUAAAUAACUUAUUUUCUGGUGCUAGUUAUGAAAUCAAAGUGUAUGCUAUAAGUUAUGGUUUGGAGAGUGAACCCCAUUCUUAUUAUCAAACUGUUGCUCCAAAACCACCGCAAAACGUUCAAAUUGUCAAGGCAAGCAAUUCCACUAUGAUUUUGACAUGGAUUUCUCCUAAUGAAUCUGUUAUUGAUCAUUAUGUUGUACGUUACCGUCCUAUUGAAACUGUCCUUUGGAAAGAAGUCAUUAUUGCAAAUGCUACAUCUUGUGAAAUAAAGAACCUUGAUUCUGGUGAAAAGUAUGAAGUCCAAGUUGUUUCUGUUAGCAACAAAGUUGAAAGUCCUGAUGCAAAGAUUGUGGAGCAAACUAUGUAUCCUAAUCCAAUAAAACAUGUGCGCCAUAUUCUUGAUUCUUAUAACAUCACAUUUGAAUGGAAUAUCCCUCCUGGAAAGAAAGACUAUUAUAUUGUAAAUUACUAUCCUGUGAAGUCACCAUUUCCACAGUUUUCCCAUCAGGUUCAGGCCAACGAUUCACAAAGUGAUGGAGUAAUGACAUGUAUGAUAAGUGAUCUAAAAUCAGGAGAAUUAUAUUCAUUUUUAUUCUAUGUUGUGAGUCAUAGUUUACGGAGUGAAGGAAUUGGAUUACAGACACGAACAAAGCCUGUUAUUGAUUCUGUGAUUCACAUUGUAACGGAUGAACAAGAAACCAAAACUUUAGGAAUUAAAUAUACUCCUACCCCAAUCCGUAAUGUUGUUUUUGAUCGCUACCGCUUCCAGCUUAGUGGAACUAACAUUCCAGCGCAAGAAAAACUCCAGAAUGAUACUAACCGGCUUGUUAUUUUUGAUGAUUUGAUUCCAGGUCGAUUAUACAACAUAAGUAUAUGGACUGUAAGUGGUGGUGUUUACAGUAUACCUAUAGACAGACAAGCAAGACUGUACCCCGAGGCUGUUGAAGAAAUUAUGGCUCCUAAGAUCACUGAUACAGAAAUUACUCUAACAUGGAAUGUUCCUGAUGGAGAUAAAGAUGGAUAUGAAGUACAAUAUCAAGAUCAUGAAGGAAAUCUCAUUAAAAAUGUUACAAUUUUGAAUAGAAUAAGCUACAGUGGUUUACGCCCUCAUCACAACUAUACUUUUCUGGUUUCUGUGUUAAGUGGCUAUGAUACUUCAACUACUAUUAGAAGUCGUCCUAUUUCAAGAACAUUUCACACGCUGGAGUCUGUGCCAGGUAAAGUUAAUAACUUUGCAGCUAUUCAUGUGAAACCAAAUAUGAUCACUCUAAGAUGGACAUUACCUAGCAGUGAACAAAAUGGAAUCCUCACAGGCUUUGUGAUAACAUAUUAUGUGAAGGGCUCUCUCUUUCAUCAGUAUGAAAAGUUUGGUCCUUCAGAUGUUGAAGGUGUGAUAAAAAAUCUUUUGCCAGGGAAAACUUAUGUAUUUGAGAUUCAAGCUCAUACAAAAGUUGGACCUGGUGGAAAAGCAACACUGGAACAGACUUUACCUUUGGGAGCUCCACCACCACCUGCAAGCAAUGUCUUUCCCAUAAAUGUUGGUAAAUCAUCAACUACGGCCAAAGUACAAUUCCGCAAGAAUUUCUUUUCUCAUAGUCACGGUCCAGUAACUGGUUACACCGUAAUUGUUGCUGAAGAUGAUAGCUUAGAUUCCAAACAGCAAAAGUUGCCCUCCUGGAAUGAUGUACAAAAGUAUUCAAGAUGGCCUCCUUAUCAGGUGUCUGAACCAUUUUAUCCUUUCAAUGGAACUUCCUCUGUUGAAUUCACAAUUGGAACUGAAGACUGUGCAAAUGCUAAAGGAUAUUGUAAUGGUCCACUGAAGCCUGGGACUAGUUACAAAGUAAAAGUACGAGCCUUCACAACUCCAGAAAAAUUUACUGAUACUGUGUAUUCUUAUACUUUUCAGACAGAAACCGACAAUACUGCUAUGCUUGCUGGAAUAAUAGUUUCCCUUGUGCUAGUAUUGCUUCUUAUUGUUAUUGUGGUAGUUGUGCGGCGCAAGAAAAGGCAUGGCCCUUUCACGAAAAAAGUUGCUGAUGGACACAUUAAGGAUGACUCAAUGUCAAUUCCUGAGAGUGAAAUCAUUACCAGCCGUCCUGUGAAACUCAAGGAUUUUCCUGAUCAUUAUCGUUACUUGUCAGCAGAUUCCGAUUUUAGAUUUUCCGAAGAGUUUGAGUUGCUGAAACAUGUUGGACGUGAUAAGCCUUGUAAUGCAGCUGAUCUUCCUGUUAAUCGUCCUAAAAACAGAUUCACAAAUAUUCUACCAUAUGAUCAUUCACGUGUAAAACUCAUGCCAUCAGAUGAUGAAGAAGGAUCCGAUUACAUCAAUGCUAAUUACAUUCCAGGAUAUAAUUCUCCCAGAGAAUUCAUAGUCACUCAAGGUCCACUUCAUAGUACAAGGGAUGACUUUUGGAGGAUGAUUUGGGAGCAAAAUUGCAGAGCCAUUGUCAUGCUGACCAGAUGCGUAGAAAAAGGGCGAGAAAAAUGCGACCACUAUUGGCCGUAUGAUACUCAACCAGCUUAUUAUGGAGAUAUACAAGUCACUAUUCUUAAUGAAUCUCAGUACUCCAAAUGGACAAUAUCAGAAUUUAAAGUUUCAAGGGGUGACCAAUCUCGCAUCAUUCGUCAUUUUCAUUUUACUACAUGGCCAGAUUUUGGAGUUCCUGAUCCUCCUCAAACUCUUGUAAAAUUUGUUCGAACAUUUCGCGAUAGAAUCUUGCCCGAUAACAAACCUAUUGUUGUUCACUGCAGUGCUGGUGUUGGAAGAUCCGGGACUUUCAUUGCUUUGGAUCAUAUUCUUCAAAAAAUUCAGAAACAUGAUUAUGUAGAUAUUUUUUCAAUUGUAUAUGAAAUGAGAAAAGAAAGAGUGUGGAUGGUCCAAAAUGAGCAACAAUAUAUUUGCAUUCAUCAAUGUCUCAUGUGUGUGUUGGAUGGUAAUGAAGAUAUGGACCCAUUACGACAAGAAGUUCAUGAGAAUCAAGGUUAUGAAGAUGACGAAGGAAUAGCAGAAUCUGGGAUUUGAUAGUUCCAUUGUGGUAUUUUCAUCGGAAAAUUCAAACAAAGGCAUUUACUCAUCAGUAAAUGUAAUAUACACUUCUGAAGUGUAUAACAAGUAAUUUCUGUGAAAUUUUAACGAACAUUGAAUAUAAUUACGGGAAAUGAUUUGCUGAAUUUGUGACUAUUUAUUUUAAUCCUAAUAUAAUAUGCUAUUUAUACAGAAAUUCAGCUACAAUUUCUUUAUGAAUAAAAUAAGUCUGCAAUGAAUAUUAAUAAGUGGUUAUAAAUGUAUAUACUAGUUGAAUUUUGAUUUAAUAUUCUUCCAAUAGCCAGUAUAAUUGCAUGAAUGUUUUCUAAGUCAUGUGUAUGAUAUCAUUCCCGGAACAGAUUAUUUUUUAUAAUUCAUAUACCAAUAUUUGCAUGUUGAGAUGUUGGUAAUAUAUGAGUGGCUCAAUCAACGUAUUGUGAAACUAUAAUUAUAUAUCCAUUCCGUUUAUAUAUAACGUUUUCAGUUUUUUGUGGUGUGAUAAGAUAUUAUACUGUUAACCUUACCUUAUACUUUUAAACACACAAAGGUACUAUAAGAAAAAAAAUUCCAACUUUAUUUUUCAGUAACAAUGUGGCCAAAACAUUCUGUUCAUUGUGAACUUUUAACUUUUCUGUAAUUUUCUGUAUAUAACUGAGAAAUAAAAUUUUAUUUUGUACAAGA